ACAAACAAACCGCAAAGCAAGCACACGAGAAAAAAAAAAUCACAAUGAGCUCAUGGGUUACCAAGUCGCUGCCUUUUCUCGUGGCUCCGGCAGUGGCCUCGCCCACUGCCGCCCUCCAGCUCACCUCCAUGGACAGAGCUCUGGUUUCCCUGCCCGUGUCAGCGAUGUUCGUCUACGAGAACCCCAUCGAUCGUCCGGCCGAGACCAUUAGAAGAGCUCUGUCCCGUGCGCUUGUUCCCUACUACCCAAUGGCCGGCCGCCUCGCCGUCACUGGGGACCAGCUGAAGCUCGCGUGCACCGGCGAGGGCGUAGCGUUCGUCGGUGCGUCGGCGAGCUGCACCCUGCAGGACGCCAGGCUCUGCGACCGGCGUCCCGUGGUCAGUGUCGAGGACCUCAGUAUCAGCUAUGCCGGCCAGUACAGCGAGGACCCUCCACUUCUGCUGGUGCAGGUGACCGAGUUUUCCUGUGGCGGCUUCGUUGUCGGGGUGACGUGGAACCACGUCCUCACGGACGGCGCCGGCAUGGCGCAGUUCUUGAAGGCCGUCGGCGAGUUUGCCCGAGGUUCCCCUUCCCCUUCCGUCUUGCCGAUGAGGGUGGACGACACCCUCUCUGAACUCCCCCCGCCAAUAACCACCAUGACUAAGGCACUCGUCAGCAGCAAGCCCAGAGACAUGCCGUCCUCCUACAUCACAGUUCCCCUGAGCUUCGUCGACCGCAUCAAGGGCGAGUUCCGUCGUCGCAGCUACGGCAGCGGCAGCGGCCAGGUGUCGACGUGCACUGCGUUCGACGUGUUCACCGCCGCCAUAUGGAAGUGCCGUGCCCGCGCGACGAUCGGCAGCGCCGCCAGCCCGGACGCCCCCACGGCGCUCGCCUUCACGGUGAACGUGAGGAAGCCGGCCAAGGCCAAGGACGGCUACUACGGCAACGUCUUCGCCUUCGGCCUCGCUGCCUCGACGCUGCGCGAGGUCGCGGACGGCGACAUCCUGGACCUUGUGACGCUGGUCAGGGACGCCAAGGCACGGGUCCCGUUCACGUUCGCUGACGGAGCCGCGCACAUCGCCGACGAGAUGGGCGGUCGGCUCAAGGGCCUCGACGGCUACGACACCCUGUACGUCACGAGCUGGUGGAACCUCGGCUUGGACGACGUUGACUUCGGCAGCGGCGGCGCUGAGCGCGUCAUCGGGUGCAUGGAGCGCAAGGUGGUGCCGGGCUGCUUCCUGUGCGGGAAAAAGGACAAGGCCGAGGGCGUCGCCGCCAUGGCGCUCUGCGUCAAGCAGGAGCACGCUGAGGCUUUCCAUGCGGAGCUACGAAGCCUCAAGUGACGCGGAGACCUUACAUGUUUGUCCGUGUUUCAAUUUUAAUAAGAGCACUUUAAACU